AUGAUUCGUGGACUACGGAAUAGCCAACAGGGCGUCCACAAGUCAGUGAUACAUGCCAUAGAAGAUGCCCCGGCCAACUGGGAGAGAGGGUACUGCGACCUAUGCUGUCUCUCGCUCAGCAAAGCAUUUAUGCUCGGUUGUGGACACACGUUCUGCGAUCGUUGCAUUGUGGUACUGGUGGAGGGAAACAAAUCUCUCCCGCCUGAUACUAUGGAGUGCCCUUUUUGCUUGGCCAUCUCGCCGCAUCUCACCUCAAUAGAUUCUAAGAUAACGCCGGAGCUACCAGCUUUGAUUCCUGUCACAUGUCAGGCACUAAGCCACAAAGAUACAAAAAACACCUCUGUCCACUACUUUUGUGUACAAACCGGUGAGCUUAUUUGUACAUCCUGCGCGUCGUCAGCCUUGUACACUGAGAAGGCCUUGCUCACUAUAACAGAGGCGGCGGAGCACUUUGGAAACACGAUCCACAACAAGACCACUGCAAUCCGCCUAGCAGUUGCAGAGAUUCGCAAGCAUGUCUGGAGGCUCAGACGCCAGCAGCACGACCUGGAUCUACAGCUGGAGGAAGCAGUUAGUAAUCUAAACAACCGAAAGGUGGAAAUCAUUAAUGUAAUUACAGAGAGAUUUGUGACUCUAGAACGGGCACUCACUCGACUCGCAGGCGUGCAUCGGGAGGCGCUUACCAGAGAAAUCAAUGACCUCACGCAGCAGGUGCGUUUGGUGAUGGAGUCUGUCUCUAGCUCGGAGAAGCAUGUAGCGCAGCAGGAGCCGCUUUCCUUCCUCGCCGAGGCGAAAAGACUCGUUUCCCUGCUUUCCCGGAGGCUGGGAGCUCUUUCUGGCUGCACCGGGCGGUCAGCACCGCCCCUGCCGGAGCUCCCCCGGCUCGGCAGCACGGCGGGCGUCGUGGGGGCCGUGCGGGCCCUCGACCUCAGCGGCCCGCGCGCAGUGAACGGAAAGUGA